AUGGCGGACGUGAACAAUUUGGUGACUUCGGGGUUGCCUCCGAGGAGUCCUGGGAGCUUGAUGUUGAACGGAAAGCGCAGCGACAGCAAUAAUACCGCCACCACCAUCUUUCCAUCUUGGCUCAGCAGCGUGCAAUGUCCCUCAUCCCACAGUACAUCGGCCAGCAAUUCAUUUGCAUUGAUCAAGAGACCAGGAACCUUGAAUACUGAUGACAAAGUUACUGAUCCAACCCUGGAGAAUGACAAGAACAAGAAGAUCGAGAAUUCAUUGCCGCAACCAAGUAAAACUCCGAGUUCCGAGAGCAUAGUGGCAGUCAAGACGGAGCCCAGUUUAGAUACUGACGCCAAAAGGAACAACAUGGACCAAAAGAUGAAACGAAUCCUAGCAAAUCGGCAAUCUGCACAUAGAUCAAGGAUGAAGAAGCUACAGCGGAAGUAG